CGACGCAGCCAGACCGGGAAGGGAUGCGGGUGUGGAGUUCCUGCUGGAGGGGCUUUGUGGGGGAGGGGAGGCCCAAAUGCUGCACCAGCCGCUGACCCUCAGGCUCUGCCCUUCCCCUUCCUGCUUUUUCUCCCUUUCCAGAUGUGCCGGGACGGGAAGCAGGGCAGGGCAGGCUCUCUCUGGAGGCCCAGACCCCUCUGCUCCCCAUGGGCAGCUGCCAGGCUGGGCACAACCUGCAUCUCUGUCUGGCCCAUCACCCACCUCUGGUGUGUGCCACUUUGAUCCUGCUCCUUCUUGGCCUUUCUGGCCUGGGCCUUGGCAGCUUCCUCCUUACCCACAGGACUGGUCUGCGCAGCCCUGACGUUCCUCAGGACUGGAUCUCCUUCUUGAGAUCUUUUGGCCAGUUGACCCUGUGCCCCUUAAAUGAGACUGUCACAGGGAAGUGGCAUGGGUCUCACGUCGUGGGCUUACUGACCACCUUGAACUUUGGAGACAGUCCAUACAGAAACAAGACCCGGACAUUUCAAGCCACAGUCCUGGGUAGUCAGAUGGGAUUAAAAGGGUCUUAUGCUAAAGAGGUGGUCCUCAUUACAGCCAGAGUGACCUCAGAAAGGACUCCAGGAACCUGCCUAUAUUUUAGUGCUGCUCCAGGAAUCCUGCCCUCCAGCCAGCCACCCAUAUCCUGCUCAGAGGAGGGAGCAGGAAAUGCCACCUUGAGCCCUAGGAUGACUACAGAGUGUGUCCCGGUCUGGAGCCACGAAGGCCUUGUGCUCACCAAGCUUCUCACCUCGGAGGAGCUGGCUCUGUGUGGCUCCAGGCUGCUGGUCUUGGGCUCCUUCCUGCUUCUCUUUUGUGGCCUUCUCUGCUGUCUCACUGCUGUGUGCUUCCACCCACGCCGAGAAUCCCAUUGGUCUAGAACCCGACUCUGAGGGCACUUGCUGAGUUUCCAUAUUGUUCUCAGGUGUGAAUCAACUUGUUGGACCUUGGUUCUGCAUUGGAAGAGAUGUUACAAAAAAUGGAAAGCUGUAAUGUGGGGGGAAAUAAAAGGCUUUUUUGUCCA